AUGUAUCUCAAGAUGCGAAUACCGUUCGACUUGCCGUCCGGUGUCCAGCCCCGCUCACCCACGACGACCCUGCAACGCCGAGAAGAAAUCGACAGCAGGAAAGUCGCUACAAUUGUCAUCCUCGCCAUACUGGUUCUCCUCAUCUUCGCCGCCUUCGUGCUUUUCUCCUUCCGCGCAUCUCGUCACUCAACCCGCGACACCGCGAAAACCCCCCGCCGUGGCUUCUUGAAGUCAAUAUGGGGCCCCAGUGGUGGGCAAAAUAGAUACCGCCAGGCCCAAGAUGAAAACUCCACGUCGACCGAGCAGUUGGCGACCCGCCGUCGCUCUCACCCGUCUUCGGCCCCAUUCGGCCCCUCCGCUGACCAAGCGCAAACCGACUCCCGCUCUUCCAACAGUGCCGUGAACCGCAACACCUCGAUUCGUUCCAUCAUGACGCUGCCUGCCUACAGGCCCGAUCCGAACGAUAACGAGCAAGUCCUGGGCCGCGAGGGGGAACGCGGGGGCGUGGAUGUUGUCAUUGAGUACCCCACCGAGGAGAACGAGGAGGAUCUGCGUGACCAAGAAAUGGAGACCCUCUAUAGGAUUCGCCUAGCCCGCCGCCAAGAGCUUGCCGAACGAGAGGAACGGAGGCGAGAGCGUCGUGAAGCGCGGGAACGUGGCGAUUUCGUGGCCCUCGACAACAUUCGCGUCAGGGCGAGAAAUGCCAGCAAUAACAGCCUCGUCGCCGUUCUUCGUGAGGAGCACGAACGUCUCAAGGCCGAACGCCAGAGGGCCGUCUCCAGUGUAUCGUAUGCCGACCUUGGUGUCGCACGCCACGACGGAACCCGACUUCGAGCCAACAGCACCGAGAGUGAGAGGAUGGGCUUGCUGUCAGACUCGGCCAGUAUUGCGGCUACUUCGGUCAAUUCCGGCGCCGACUCUGCGAUGAAUUACAGAAGAGGACGCAGUGCUAGCUCUGUAAUGAGCAUCGAAAGCGACCUUCCCUCGCCAGCGUUCGCCUCAAGGUCCCGAGCGAACUCGUGCCCAGAUACUCCUCGCCUAGACACACAGGCAGGCUCCAGUCCGGAAAUCAUCGAGGCCGAUGUGGGCGACGCCGGCAUGCCCAUUUAUUCUCCACCCGGAUACGAUGAAGUCUCUCUGGACGAUGAGCGUUCUCGAAGUACCACUUCCCUGCCAGGUCAUGAGCCUCCGCCGAACUACCCUGGUCCUGCACAGCAGCGUACGCAGAGCAUUGCUUCGAGUAUGCCUGGCUUGGCCGCCGGCGAGCAAACAGAAAACAGACCAACGGACCAACGACGACAUUCAAGCAUACCUCGAUUACCUAGCUUGCGUCUACCGGAAGUGCCCCAGAUUGUAAUCGAGCCUUCCAGUGCCAGGCCACACGACGAUAGGUGA